ACUGGCGCGCGUCACUCGCAACUCUGGCAGCAACCCGCCAACGAGUAAUAAGACUAAAAAUACGAAUUAAAAGCCGAGAGGAGGGAAAGCGUCAGGAGGGUAGACAGGGACCUAGACGUACAAACGAGGGGGAGAGUGUGGAAAAAACAGAGAUAAACAGAAUAAAGGGGUGCAAGACAAAGACAGAGUGAGAUAGAAGGAUAUUAGAGUGGCAAGGUGUUGAUCUUCUGACAACACGUACAGGUCGUAAAAACUUUCUUUCAUACAAGCCGAAGAAGAGACGAAAACGGGGGAAAAGGCCGAAGCAAAGCCUUAGUGCGCAAGGUGACAGUAUUUAACGAGAUAGACUUCGAUGUACAAGAUGAAGACCAGCUUACUUAUUCUUGUCUGUGCAAUUUUCAUCCUCUUGGUUGAUCGUGGUUGUGCAAAUCCUUACUUCGAAGAUGACGAGACCGAACGGAUCGCAGAAGAUGAUGGACUCACCGAAUCCGAGUAUACGGACAAUGCAUUGGACCGUUUACUUCACGCAGCUCAACAGAAGCGUGGCUGCGUGCGCCGCGAUGGUAACUGCGAUCAUCGGCGAAACGAUUGCUGUUACAAUUCAAGCUGCCGAUGCAACCUCUGGGGAUCAAAUUGCCGCUGUCAACGGAUGGGCAUCUUCCAGAAGUGGGGAUAAGCUAUUGGGUUCGUCGCAAACGCAGAACGGCCCUACCCUCCGUAUCGCGAGUAAAUCGCAGACAUCCUGCAGGCUCCAGGCACCUACUCGCGUAACUCGGUCUUUACUAUAAUAUAUAUUAUAGAUAGGAUAUGGUAAUAAUGUGUGAUACGUAUACAAGUAUCGUCCGUAUAAAACAACGUAAAAAUCAUUUUCUCUUCGUAAGGCAGACGUGAAAUCAGACUGCGAAUUACGUUCUUUGUGGUUUUUUCUACAAUGCGGAAUUUAUCCGCGUGCUGGGUAACUUGGGGCCAGACGACCCUGCCGAGGAUUUGCGCCGGAAUUUCAUUCGAUAAUAUUUUUGGGAAAUUAUUUUUGCUGGUGCAAUUUAUGUUGUUGAAACGUUAGUUUGCACACUAAGUGCAGGAACUAUAAUUUACGAGCUUUACGAGCAGAUUUGAAUUGCUUGCUGUUUCGUUAACAUCGAUAGUUUAUUUCUUUUCCAACUCCAGUUUCUUUCACUCUCGGAAAUACAAAACACGAACCUUUAUCGUUUGACUGGCUUGAAAAACAUUCCUCGACUUGUCUAUCCAUGUGCUAACAUUAUACGAUGUAUUCAUCUAUUAUUAGUGUUACACUUGAUGUCUAAUUAUAUUAAUAAUCUACGUAAAUAU